AUGCCUCAUUGGACAGCUACAAUUAAACUCGUGGACAUCGGCUCAGGCCUCAAUCAGCCUAGGUACAGGGAAGUCGGCCAUAUUAGCCCCACUGGCACAGCGGCUAUGAGCUUUGGAAGGUCUGCUUUUCUAUGUGUCGACUUUACGAACCGGAGGAUAUUCUUCUUUGGACAACUGCAACCUCCUAUCAGCGCCUACGGCAUGGUAUUGGGUGAACAGACGUCUUCGACUGACUCAACUGGUCGUCGAUACCUGGUGUCAAUCACCACCCCGGAUUUGGUUGCUGCACAAGCGGCUGAGGUGACUGUAAUGGACGUCUCGACUAUGCUGCUCAGCCUGCCGCAGACUACCCCACUACCAAGUGGUGCGGCGAUAUUUGCUACCCUCAAUCUCAAGGGAAAGAUUCCCACAAGUAGGGCAAUUUCAGUAAGAGUGGAGUCCACGAUGCCGCAGCCCACGCUGACCUUCUGUGCCUUGAUCCCUCCCGGUGCACCAACCACAUCUAACCCGGAAGAGCUUAUGGUCUCUAUGAAGAGUUUGUAUCUCCUUGGAGGCGCUCUUGAGUUCGAUGGAACAGCGGCCUACAACAUAAGAAACCAGUCGCUCACAGCAAACGGUUCCAUGGUACUUACUCUGUCAUCCGCAAGCUGUGUUACGCUACAAAAUGUCACUCACCAUUGGUAA